AUGGGAGAUCAACCGGUGACGAGGGCAGACUUUGACGAGUUAGCUACAAUGGUCAAAGUUCUGUCAGAUAAGUUCAUGUCAUUGACGACUAAGGGGGUCGACGUCGCUAACAACAACAGCAAUAGAAACAAUAACAACAGAAACAGCGACAACAACCGCAACAACAACAACCCUACUACUGAUGACUCGAGUUCUGAGGAUGAGGAAGUUGUGCCCGAAGAGGGAGGUGAACGUGGGAAUCACCAUGAUUACCGCGUGAAGGCUGAUAUUCCCUUGUUUCACGGAACAAUGGGGGUGGAAGAAUUUAUGGACUGGCAGAUCGAUGUUGACAGGUUUUUCGACGUCAUGGACGUCCCGGAAAAUAAGCAGGUUAAGAUGGUGGCGAUCAGGCUGAAAAGUACCGCAGCUGUUUGGUGGGAUAGACUUGUUGUUCAGAGGAAGAGGCAAAAGAAACGCCCUAUUCGAACUUGGAGAAAGAUGAAACGGUUAAUGCUUGAAAGAUUUUUACCUGAAGAUUAUGAACAAAUUCUGUAUAAGAUGUAUAUUGAAUGUGUUCAGGGCAAGCGAUCAAUGGCUGAGUACACGGCUGAAUUCUUACGUUUUUCUGAACGUAAUGAAUUAGGUGAGUCCGAGAAUCAGAAAGUGGCUCGUUAUAUUAGUGGUUUGAAAAGUUCGUUGCAAGAGAAGAUGGGAUUACAGACUAAUAAUGUUGAUGACAAAGAGAAAAGUGCAGAAACCAAAGAUUCAAACCCUGUUAACAAAGCAGGCAGUUCUGGCAGUGCACCGCAAGGAAAGGCCUCCGUCCAAAAACAACAUAACCCUUAUGCGAAGCCUACUGGUGAUACUUGUUACCGUUGCGGGGGGAAGGGUCACAGGUCCAAUGUGUGUCCAUCAAGGAGGGUUACUGGAGUAGUGGAGGAAAGGGAUGAUGAUGAUGAUGAUGAGCAUCUUGCUGACAAAGAUGAAUACGCAGAAGUUGAAUUUGUUGAAGAAGAAUCUGAUGAGAGGGUAAGUUUUGUGUUGCAAAGAACUUUACUAGCAUCCAAAGAUGAAGGGCAGCGCAAAAAUUUAUUUAAAACACAUUGUUCUAUCAAGAACAAAGUGUGUAAUCUGAUUGUGGAUACUGGCAGCACGGAAAAUCUAGUGUCGCAGAAACUAGUAGACUAUUUGAAGUUAUCCACUGAACCUCAUCAGAAGCCAUACACCCUCGGUUGGGUAAGCAAGGAUUCCCAAGUUCGAGUUACACUAGCUUGCAAAGUUCCUACUCCAUUGGAAAGCAUUACAGAGAAAAGACCUUGGCAAUUUGAUAAUGAUAUCACUUAUCGAGGACGAGAUAAUGUGAUGAUGUUUACAUGGGGCACACAAAAGAUUACUAUGGCUCCUGUUUUACACUUUGAAAAGAACCAAAGGGAAAAGAAGUCUAGCUUCUUGUUGAUGACGCAAAGUGAAGAGGAGCUUAAUAAAGAUGUUAAAGAAGCUGUCAAGGCUAAGUUAGAAGAUACUAGGCAAAAGAAUAAAGCAGUUGCUGAAAAAUGUAGAAGUGUUAAAGUUUUCAAUGUAGCAAAUAUAUAUGAAUACCAUGUCGUUGAGAUGCAACAGUCAUAUGCAUAG